CUCACGCAAACAGCACAAACACUCUCCUUUCCUCUCAGCAAAAUUUCAAAUCUCUCUCGAAACUUUGAAAAUGCUUGCAUUCAAACCUGAAGAGCAGUUACAGCUCGUUGAACGUGAAGAGAUCGAAGAUGAAGAUGACUUAUUCGAGGCUAUUGAUAAACUGAUCUCUCAUGGAAUCAAUGCUGGGGACGUGAAGAAGCUGCAAGAUGUAGGGAUCUACACCUGCAAUGGCUUGAUGAUGCACACGAAGAAGAACUUGACUGGGAUCAAAGGGCUAUCCGAAGCAAAAGUUGACAAGAUCUGUGAAGCAGCUGAGAAGAUAGUGAAUUUUGGCUAUAUUACUGGAAGUGAUGCUCUGCUCAAAAGGAAGCAGGUAGUUCGUAUCACAACUGGAAGCCAGGCACUGGAUGAACUUUUGGGAGGAGGGAUCGAAACUUCAGCAAUCACUGAAGCUUUUGGUGAAUUCAGAUCUGGAAAGACACAACUUGCUCAUACUCUCUGUGUCUCUACUCAGCUUCCUACUAGCAUGAAAGGAGGGAAUGGAAAGGUGGCUUACAUUGAUACUGAGGGAACGUUUCGGCCAGAUCGUCUUGUGCCCAUUGCUGAAAGAUUUGGAAUGGACGCAGGAGCUGUUCUUGACAAUAUCAUUUAUGCUCGUGCAUACACAUACGAACAUCAGUACAGCCUGCUUCUUGGUCUGGCAGCAAAAAUGGCUGAAGAGCCUUUCAGACUUCUGAUUGUUGACUCUGUGAUUGCUUUAUUUCGAGUGGAUUUCACUGGAAGAGGAGAACUUGCAGAACGUCAGCAAAAGUUGGCUCAGAUGCUGUCCCGAUUGAUAAAGAUAGCUGAGGAAUUUAAUGUUGCUGUUUACAUGACUAAUCAAGUUAUAGCUGAUCCAGGUGGAGGGGUGUUCAUAUCAGAUCCAAAGAAGCCAGCAGGAGGUCAUGUCCUUGCUCACGCAGCAACUAUAAGACUAAUGUUCAGGAAGGGCAAAGGAGAACAGCGUGUCUGCAAGGUGUUUGAUGCACCAAAUCUUCCAGAGGCCGAAGCAAUUUUUCAGAUAACACCAGGAGGAAUUGCAGAUGCUAAGGACUGAAGAUCAGCUGGGACUGCCUCUCUGCUGCAGCAGAGAGCUGCUUAUGCUUACAUUCCCGCUUUCGUAUUUUGAUGCUUACUUUUUAGUGUUAACUGUAAAUAUAUCAGUCUAGCAUAAAAAGAUGUUUGUAAACCACUGUUUUGUCACACUUAACGUGGUUGCACGUGGUGUUUUCACUAAUAUAGUUAGUUUCUUGCUCUUAGUCUAGUUAUCUUGUAUUAUCAUAGACGGUUUACAAAAUGUUGACAUGCAAUAGCAAUAAUAUUGGCAGUUCCGGUUAGCAUGCAAUUUUAGUCCCAAUACUUCAUCCGAUCAUCUAUGUUCACAAAUCCUCGGUUGUCCUCUGAUAUCUAACAACCUACCUUUUUGACAAGGCAAGUUGCUAUGUAGCCAGAGCCACUUUCCUGCCAAAGCAUACUGUGCAUAUAGUGUCAUGUGCUUAGUUUACCAUCUUUUAAGCAACGACUGUUUCUUUGGCCUUAGCCCAACUUUUGGGUAUGCUACAAUCUCAAUGCACAAGGGAACAGAUACCUGAACGCUGAUGUUUCUUAUUAGCAAGAAACAUUAGCCAGACAGCAUGGAUCUGAAACGUACCAAUAUUGGCUAAAGAAAACAUUUGUAAAUGGAAAAGGCAGGGUUAAAAGAAAACAGAAGCACCAAAUACACAUACUAAGAUAUAAGCAAACCUGUCUCAAGACAGAAGUUAUUUAAAGUAGACGUCUUCCGGCCAAGAAAAUGGCCUAAUUCCAGUAUACGACAUAGGGAAUCACGUUGCUCGGUAGCAAUAUGAAAUAUCUUUCCUCACCUUUUAACAUUUCUCUACGACCAUAAA